AUGACUACUACUACUACUCUCGACGGAUUGGUGGGUCUUCUCACUCCACCACCACGACCUUCCGCUCCAAUCCCUUACCAAAUCUCCAGCGGUACCGUAGCAUUGUUCCAGACCGAUACUGUGAUGACAUUACUUGCUGAUAUUAAAACGAGCGGACCAAUCCCGGAUCUAGGUGAUGCAGGUACAUGUAUUGACCUGGUUGGAACUGGAAGAACCGAGGCAGUUGAUCUCAUACAGGUCGGCUUGCACGACCAGAUUUCGAUGUUUUUCUGGAGAAAAGUUGAUCUCAAUAUGGGAGCCAUUGAGUUAUUUGAAGAUCUCGACUUCAGAGUCCGUUGGAAGACGCUUCAAGAUCGACAGACGGCUACAUUGUACAAUGCAGCAGAUGGCACUGGAACUUCAUAUGACAAUAUCAAAGGCUGGAGUACCAUGAAAGAGAUAGCUAGACUUUCGGACGUCCGCCUCAACGACGUAGUAAGCUCUUUCAAAUGGCAGAGUGUUAACCCUGUAAAAGAGGUUAUCAAGCCUUUUAACGUCACUGCUUCCAACUCAUCGGAUGAGGGAGGACUUACCUCUCGUGUUGACGGAACAAAUGAUACCCCCAAGCCACAAGCCAUUACCGUAACACUUCGCAAUUCCACCACUCAGCCCGUCACCGUUGAGACCUCUGAUAAACGCGUCACUGGCAUAACGACAAGCUUGACCCAGACAGCUAGUGUGGGAGUCGAAGGGGUAGCUUCUGCUUCAACUCAAUGGUCUGUCGCAGUCAAUUAUUCUUAUGAAAGAACCGAAACCUCGUCUACGAGUCAAACGAAGACAGUGGAACUCUCGGUUGCGCAGACUGUAAAUGCGCCGCCAAAAACUAGCUAUAUUGCUACCUUGCUAGUGAUUAUCGGGACGAUUCCUACGACUGAAUAUACCACCACUGCUGAGCGUUGGUACAAAGAUCCAGUUGCUGGAUCUAAGGCAGAUCCUCAGAACAAUGGCUGGUAUAAGAGGGUGGAAGAUGUAAGGCUUACCCUGACAGGUAGUUUGGCGUGCAGAACAAAGGUGGACAUGAAAGCUACACCGCUCAGAAACCCUUUGGUCCAAGUCCCUUGA